UUCUAAUACCCCCCUGCAGUUCUGCUAUUCACUUCUUUGACGGACCCACUCAAAGCUCACCGCCGUUGCACGGCGCCUCUCCUUUCCGACUUCUGUGUGCUCUACUUCGUCUGCUGGGAGCUUGUGCUACUUUUUCACCGCCUUCGCCUCUACCUCUCUCUGCUGCGCCUCUUUUUCGCCGCCACGUCCUCUCUCUGUUGGUGUUUCUUCUCCGUCUCCUCCUACUCCUCUGUGAAGCUUUGCUCCACCGCCUCCUCCUCUCAGCCCGUCUACUGUACCUCUCUACCUCUGCCAUUUUUUCUUGGUUUCACACUCGCGCCCUUGCUAUACUGAGUAUUAAGCCAAUGGAGGCACUGAAGGCUUGUUAUGGGGAUGGAUCUUCUGAUUCGGAUUCUGAAGCUGCCCCUUCAUGUACAACUAAAGCUCGCUCCGAAGAAUUCACACUGUUGCCACCACCUCCUAUCUCACUCCUUGACCCUCUAAGUUUGCUUGGUUCUCAAGAUCUGGAAAUAGGACAGACAACUAGAGUUAGGAGUUUCCCUCAUGUUGAUGGUAACUAUGUCCUACAUGUAUACAUACCAAUUCAUAUUUCAUCUUCAUCAAAAAAAGAAAUAGCCACUUUCUUGAAGAAAGUCACCUCUCAGGAACCUAAUCUUCAUGUUGUUGACAUUGAUCUCCCACUUAAAGUCCUCUGUAAAAAUGAUGAGAAGCUUGAACAGGUUGCCUUGGGAAGGGAGUUUCACAUAAGUUUGGGACGAACUGUUCCAAUAGGGGUUCAUCAAAUUGACUCAGUGGUCUCAAUGCUUCGACAGAAACUUCAAACACGACACCAUAGUUAUUGGAUUGACUUCAACCAGUGGGAGGUAUUCGUAAAUGCU